UGUGUGUGUGUGUGUGUGUGUGCGUGCACGUUUGUGUGAAUGUCCAUAUUUGUCAUGAGGCAACACUGCAGUGUUGGUAUUUCUUGAACUCUCGCCCCUCAGUCUAAAUAAAUCAAGAGGCCCAGGCCAUUGGAAGACGGGAGGGCAAAGCAGAAGAUAGAUGAGAUGACGCCCCAGAGAGGGAGGGGGAGGAAGGGCAGGACCAGCCCUCAGGGGCAAAAAACUCAACUCAGGGGAUGGAGAGCCAGACUGACAGUGUGAGAGAGACGACAGACAGCAGGGAAGCCAUGCUGUGCUCUGUGCUGCGUCUGCCGGCGCCACCUCCAGCCUCCAGGGCCAUGUGUGUGUCCGUGACCACCCCGCGCGUCGAGCAGACGGUCAGUCAGACGCAGAGAGGGCUCGUGGACAAGAGGGGAGCGGACCAUGGAGGGCGGGUGCGGCCAUUUAAGGAGAUACCGCACACAGGGAGCAACGGGUGGGUGAACCUGCUGCGCUUCUGGAGGGCCGGGAAGUUCAGUCAGCUGCACAAACACAUGGAGGAAUCAUUCAAUACACUGGGGCCCAUCUACAGGGAGCACAUGGGCUCUGUCAGCACGGUGAACAUCCUGCUGCCGGUGGACAUCGGGGAGCUGUUCCGCGCCGAGGGCUUCCUCCCCCGACGCAUGACGCUGGAGCCGUGGACCACACACAGAGAGACGCGCCGGCACUGCAAAGGAGUCUUCCUCAAGAACGGCAAUGAGUGGCGGUCAGACCGGCUGCUACUGAACCGUGAGGUGAUGAUGAGUGGCGCGGUGCGGCGCUUCCUGCCCCAGCUGGACGAGGUGGCUCAGGACUUCUGCCGUCUGCUGCGCUCCAGGGUAGAGGCCCGUGGGGUCGCCCUGGAUGCUGGGCACCACAGGCUGAGCCUUGACCCCAGUGCUGACCUCUUCCGCUUCGCUCUGGAAGCCAGCUGUCAUGUCCUGUAUGGCGAGCGGCUUGGCCUCUUCUCCUCUACGCCAUCUCAGGAGGCGGAGCACUUCAUCUUGUCCGUGGAGAGGAUGCUGGCCACCACCACUCCGCUCCUCUACCUGCCUCCACGCCUGCUGCAUCACCUACGCGCCCCCUUGUGGAUUCAGCAUGCCACUGCAUGGGACAACAUCUUCAGCCAUGCUCAAUCUCGUAUCAAGAAGGGGUAUGAGCGUGUGUUGUUGGAGCAGCGGGGGAUGUGUAAAAGGGCCGAAGUGGGCCAGGGGCAGCUCGGCGGGGUGCUGGGGCAACUCUUGGAGAAGGGGCAGCUAUCUCUGGAGCUCAUUCAAGCCAACAUCACAGAGCUGAUGGCUGGGGGUGUCGAUACGACAGCUGUCCCUCUGCAGUUUGCCCUUUUUGAGCUUGCCAGAAAUCCCGAGUUGCAGGAAAGAGUGCGAGACCAGGUGCGGUCGUCAUGGAAACACGCAGCUGGGGACAUCCACAAAGCCCUGCAGGGGGCGCCACUGCUGAAGGGGACGAUGAGGGAGACGCUCAGAUUAUACCCGGUGGGGAUCACAGUACAGAGGCACCCCAUCCGCGACAUCGUGCUCCAGAACUUCCACAUACCCGCUGAGACUCUGGUGCAGGUGUGUCUGUACCCUUUAGGUCGCAGUUCUGAUGUGUUCUCUGAUCCGACUCGCUUUGAGCCGGAGCGCUGGGGGAACUCGGAGGCCGGGGAAGGCCAUGAGAAGACCGGGUUCCGCUCGCUGGCGUUUGGGUUCGGGGCGCGCCAGUGUGUGGGCCGCAGGAUUGCCGAGAAUGAAAUCCAGCUGCUUCUGGCACAUAUCCUGCUGAACUUCCACCUGAGUGUGUCAUCCACAGAUGAUUUGAGCACAAAAUACACACUAAUCCUACUGCCUGAGAAAUCGCCCAGCAUCACCUUCAGUACUCUCUAAGGAUACACACGUGUCAUACACACACACACACACACACACACACACACACAAGCACGCACACACAACUGAAGAGAACACCCAACUUCAUCUGAGAGGUCACCCAACCACACUAGUGUUUUGCUUUUGUCUUGGUCAGUAAUGCGUCUUAGCCUCUCCAAAACAGAUGUUGUAUGUUAUCAUACAAUCUAGCACCAAACCCACACAGAUAUAUCAGUCAAGCACUAAAAUUUCAGUCAGUUUACUGUUACUGUCACUGUUUAGUUUCACAUGAGCAUGUUUUAUUAAUUGCUAUUGUACUUAAUCAAUGUCAAUCAAGAAAUAAGACCUUUGAUUUUGAGUCAAGAGGCUAUAAAAUCCACAUAAUAGUUAAUCAACGAAAGCCUCCUUAAAAGCGAUGUGUCAAUGACUUUGACUACUGCAGGGGUUCAUAAUCACACGGGCCUUCUGCAGGGGUUCAUAAUCACAUAGGCCUAGUACAGUAACUUUGUCUAAUAUAAACGCUGCUCCGGUGCAUGGCCUAUGUCCACACACAGUUACACGGAUACUGGAUGACAAUAACUCAUGAAAUAGACGGGCCCAUUAAUGAUGAAUGAACUGGUCUUAAUGCUCUUAAUAAAUUCUGUUGUAUCUCCCCUUUCAA